AAAACCUACCUUCCCUGCCUUUUACUGUAGUGUCCUCCCAUCCCCUGCCUUCAACCCAGUGCUAUACACAGCACAACAACAGCCUUUCUUCAUGGGCUCUCUCAGAGAAGAAAUGAUUCGGCAAACAACUCAAGCAAGAGGAAUUUGCCAAACCUGGCUUGCCCCGACCAGAAGACCUGCUGACCUCUCAGGCUAAAAAUAGCAUUAUGCAUCUCAUCGGCCAGAAGCACCUGCUGGCGCCUAAAAACGUCUGUGAUUCCAAAACACCUGUCCUCCAUCUGUCAGCCACACAGGGAGGGGAAGAGGAGGAAGUGGUGGUGAUGGUGGGUCGGCUUAUGCCGGAGUCUGCCAUGCUGCCCACGCCAGGCCAAGAGGGCCCUGCCACCCAAAGGGACUCCUUGCUCCUGGUCAGGUCCAGGUCUCCCCUGCCUGGCUCAUCCCAGGAGAAGGAGGGAAAGAACCUGCCCCCGCCGCGGCCUCUGAAGCUGGCACCUCUGGAGCUGCCCAGGGAGGUUCAGAAGGCACAGAGACAGAAGAUUAAGGCCAAGGCUGCUGCCCAUAAGCUGGACACGACGGUGGGCGACAUACCCUGCUCCAGGAAGGUGAAGGACUGUGGGGUGAGAGGAGAGGGACUAGGACCUGUUAAAGGUACGGCAGAGUGUGUCUCCACCGCAGCCCCACAUCCCUUACCUCUGAAUGAAACAGCACCCAGGGUCCAGCGACAUCAGAAGGUUAGGAGAGCGCAGCUAGCCCGUGCCAACCAAAUCCAGAGACAGACAGGAGACAGGCUCUCGGAAGAUGCUGGUAUUAACGUUAACGGCCCUCCUCCUCCCCCUAUCAGCAAACCAGCCUCUCCCUCUUCCUCUCUCCCCACCAGCGCCAAAGCUCAGGCCCAGCAGGUGGUAGCACCACAUGGCGAGGAGAGCUCAUGCCAAGUGGCCGGAACAUUCCAGCAGGAUACCGGUGGGAGGAGGCUGCGUCUCAGGAGGGCAGAGCACCUCGAAGAGGAUCAGAGCAAAUCUAACAUGUCAACAGUAGGAUUACCUGGGGAAGAGGACAAGCAGGCCCAAGAUGUCCAGCAAGGAAAAUCCCUGAGGGCAGAGAAUACAGAGGAGGCUCUGAGAAAGCCCUGAAGCAGGCCAGUCACAUACUGGAGAAGGCUUCCAGGAAGAACGCCAGGCCGGAAUCACCGGAGAAUCCGCUGAAAGUGUCCAGAAAGGUCAUCCGGAGAACGGCAGAGAGAAAUCGCCAGGACGCUGUCCUUUGACCUCUGACCCCUGAUCUUUGACCUCUUAACCCCUGACUCCCUUUGAGCAGACCAGGACGUAGCGAAAACAGACUUGACAGUGUUAAGUCAUGUGUUUACAUGUGCUUAUCACCUGGAGAUUAGGAUAGAAAAGCCCCUGCAUCUUACUUCACACAGCAUCUGCUAUUCAAAGCAACAAGCCAGUUACAAUGCCAAGUUCCCUGGCAGGCAGUAUGUACAGUAUACUGUACAGAGGAUAAAUAUAGAAGUAUAUUACGGACCAAAAAACACAUUUAUUUAUUUAUUAUUUUAUAAAAAGAUGAUGCUCAUAAUACAUUACAUUUAACCAUUGUAGAUAUCCUGACAUAGGCUAUUCAAUGUCCUAUUUUGGAUGAAAUAUGUCUGCACAUGCAGGUGACAUAAUCAUAUUUGAGCGUCCCAGUAGCUUGGUAAAGCUAUGCGAAACUGACCUGCAUUCAGGGAUAAUUAUUAUUAAGGUCUCAUCAGAUGGAUACAUUGGCUUCAUCUAUGACCACUGUUAACAGCUCCAUCUAGUCCAAACAAUGGCAUCGAUUAGCAACAGAUCAGAUUAGCAACAGAGCUCACAAACAGAGUCGCAGCAGUAAUCGUAUGUUAAGAUUGGAAACAGCAAAUAAAGAGAUUUGAAAUAUGCCUUCUUUUCUGAAACAGCCACCCCUCACUUAUGGGUACUGUGUAUUUAGGCCUUCAGUUCAUUCUAUCAUCUUUCUGCACCUUAGCUACUUCGUCAGAUUCCUGUAGUACAUGCAAUCUCAGAAGAAUGUCUUUAAUCAAUGUUUUUCCUCCAAUCAGCAUGCAUUACAGCUCUAUGUGUGUUUGGUAACAGAACAACCGCCAUCCCUCACUGUAACAAGUGAAACACUCACAGAGACGAUGUUACUCUAGUCUAGACAUCCACGUUUUGAGUUAUUCCCUAAAUCUGGAUGUAGACAUUCCAGACGGUAGUUAUGGGAAUGUGAUUUAGGUAAUGUAAUGUAUGUUUAUCAUCGAGAACAGAAGUCUCCUGAAAUAUAUGGGAGACUUCAAGUACACUUGUUUUCGCAGGUAUGUCAAAAUGAACUGACAGUGAGAAAACACCAUAUCACAACCAUUCUACAUCUGAGCAAGUGAGUCGUAUUAGGCAAGUCUCUCAUUGACAGACUUGCAGCACAAGAGGCUUCUAACACACUACUUUCUGCCUUGAGUCCCACUGCAUUCUGACAGUGAAUUCAUAAAUUGUUUGAAUAUAGAUGUGAACCCUGCGGGAAUUGAACCUACGACCAAACCCCUCAAUGAGUCAGUCUGACACCAGUAGCACUGCAAUGUCCAUCUGCCCCAGACCAUGAGCCGACCACCAGAAUUCCUGACCGUUUCACACCACGUAGUUAGGCUGGCCUAUACUCACUUCCCCUGAUUGACUGACUGCAAAGUUAAUCACAAAUAGGAUCUCAGAAUGUAUAGCCAUUAUGUCCAAUGUAUGUAUUUGUCAAUGACGUACAAUAAUAAUCAUUUUGGUUGGAUGCUUAUAUUUGUCCUAAGAAAUUGUUCUUAACUGACUUGCCUGGUUAAAUAAUGGUAAAAUAAAAAAAUAAAAAUAAA